AUGCCGAAUUAUCAGGAAUAUAUAAAAAAGCUUAACAAGAAAGCAAGAAGUAAAUAUUGUCCAAUUUUGACGGCGAGUGAAUUAUUUGAUGUACACGUAAUUGUCGAAGCAGAAAUUGGAAAAACUAAAAAGGGAGAGGAUAAAGUUGUGUUGUAUUGUUACAAGGAACCAAAGGAGGGAGAUCCAAAGGAAGGAGAUGAAAAUUUUGAGAAGCCAGAGUUGAAGAAGGUUUAUUUGUCACCAAAAUAUUUGGACAAGGAAACUUUUAAGAUGAUUAAGGAGUGUUCUGAGGCUAAAUUUGAAACAUUCAAGUUUAAAUGUGACGCAAUAGAUGAAUCUUCUGAAUAUAGCAUUCCAACUUAUAGUUUCGACAUUGACAUGAAAAAUAAGCGUCAGUUUUAUAAUGAUUAG